UUUGUUCUACAUUGAACUUCUUGUUUACCUGUCAUUGGUAAAGUUCUGAGGAAGGGAUAACUUCAAUCACGCCAGAAUGUUGUUUACAACCACAACGACAUUUGUUGCUGAAGAGGUUUCUUGCUCAAAAAGUCAAAUGUUUGAAAAAAAUCCAACUUUUGAAAUGAACGUUGAAGGAGGACCUCAACCGGAUGCACGAAAUGGGAACGUUAGCUAUGUGUUCUCUAUAUUAUUCACUGUGAUUUUGAGCGUUUGUUUUUGGUCAUACCUGCAACAAAAUACGAAUAAGCAGCAUAUAGCUGACCUGCGAGAAAAUCUGGGAGCUCUAACGAAACAUGUUCUGAACAAUGGAGGUUUCACUGACGACUUCGAGAAAACGGAGCUUUCAACGCACGAUUUUCAGAAGCAAACGAUUUUUGAGCUCCGAGAAGCCCAAACAAGAAUUGAAGUUCUCCAAAAUCGUAUCGAUUAUUUGGAAAAAAUUAACAACGAUAAAUUUGGGAGACCCGAUUAUGCGUCCGCUGACUUUGGUGGUAAAGUGGUUAGUGUGAGGGUCAAACAAUGGAAAUUUAUUGUGCAAUCUUUUGUCGAGCAAAGUUUGAAAAUUGGUAGGAGAAAAUUGUCGAAUAGGCAUUGCUGUAUUAUACAGGAAAAUUGUCCGGGUCACUGUCAAGCUUUUUAUGGUUCUUCUGCUAGUAUCGCUAUCAGGCUUAUGGAUAGUGUUAUUCUAGAUGGCGUUACGAUAGAACAUGUUCCUAAAAAUAUAUUACCUGAUAUGUCAAGUAGUAGUGCGGUAAAAGAAUUCUCUGUUUGGGGAUUAGAAAAUGUUUUUAUGGAUAGUAGCAGUUUCUUUUUUGGAAACUUCAUUUUUGAUGCCGAAAAGGACUUUCUUCAAUCAUUUAAUUUUUCUAUUUUAUCAACGAGGCCGUAUAACUAUGUAAUGAUUAAUGUUGCUUCGAAUCACGGUGCCGAUUAUACCUGCAUUCAUAGGUGAGUUCAUGAUUUAACAAGAAUUUAUUAUAACAUUUAUGUGUGAUCACCUUCCCGGGAUUUGUCAGUGAGUGGUUUGCUCAUGUCAUGCUCUUUUG